AUGCUAAAAAUCAUUAUCCCCACCAUCAUACUAAUACCCAUAACAUGAAUAUCAAAACCCCAUAUAAUCUGAAUUAAUACAACAACCUAUAGCCUACUAAUUAGUCUUACCAGCCUACCACUCCUAAGCCAACCUAACGACAACAGCCUAAACUCAUCAUUACUAUUCUUCACGGACUCCCUAUCAGCCCCCCUCCUAACACUUACUACAUGACUCUUACCCCUGAUACUCAUAGCUAGCCAAUUCCACCUAUCAAAAGAGCCACUAGCCCGAAAAAAACUUUAUAUUACAAUAUUAAUCCUUCUACAAUUAUUUCUAAUUAUAACAUUCACCGCUACAGAGCUAAUCAUAUUCUACAUCUUAUUCGAAGCAACUCUAGUGCCCACACUAAUUAUUAUUACCCGAUGAGGUAACCAAACAGAACGCCUGAACGCAGGACUAUACUUCCUAUUCUAUACCCUGGUAGGAUCACUACCCCUACUAGUAGCAUUACUAUACAUACAAAACAAUAUAGGCACACUAAAUUUCUUAAUAGCCCAAUACUGAACCCAAGCCCUACCAAACUCCUGAUCCAAUAUUCUCUUAUGACUAGCGUGCAUGAUAGCAUUUAUAGUAAAAAUACCCCUCUAUGGGCUCCACCUAUGACUUCCCAAAGCACAUGUAGAAGCCCCCAUUGCUGGAUCCAUAGUACUUGCCGCCGUGCUUCUAAAACUAGGAGGCUACGGCAUAAUACGAAUUACCAUCUUGCUCAAUCCUCUAACAAGCUUCAUGGCAUACCCCUUUAUAAUAUUAUCAAUAUGAGGUAUAAUCAUGACAAGCUCCAUCUGCUUACGCCAAACUGACCUGAAAUCAUUAAUCGCAUACUCCUCCGUAAGCCACAUGGCCCUAGUAAUUGUAGCCAUCCUCGUCCAGACACCAUUAAGCUAUAUAGGCGCAACCGCCCUAAUAAUCGCCCACGGCCUUACAUCAUCUAUACUAUUCUGCUUAGCCAACUCCAAUUAUGAACGCACCCACAGUCGAAUUAUAAUCCUCGCACGUGGCCUACAAACCCUACUACCACUAAUAGCGGCAUGAUGACUAUUAGCAAGCCUAACCAAUCUAGCACUACCCCCUACCAUUAAUCUAAUCGGAGAAUUACUCGUGGUAAUAGCCUCAUUCUCAUGAUCUAACGCUACUAUUAUUCUUAUAGGAGUAAACAUCACCAUUACUGCCCUAUACUCCCUAUAUAUACUUAUUACAACACAACGCGGAAAACAUACUCAUCACAUCAAAAACAUUAAACCCUCGUUUACACGAGAGAACACCCUAAUAAUACUACAUCUUAUACCACUACUACUACUAUCACUAAAUCCUAAAUUAAUUCUAGGGCCCCUUUACU